UCUAGUUUGCCACGAAUUCACAGUGGUUCAGUGUGUUGCGUGUGUACAGACAACAAAGGAUUAGCAGCCAAAAAUAGCAUAAUGCAUUUGGAAAACGUUAAAGUGCAGUGUUUGAUCUGCAGCCUGGCGUUUCUGGUGCUGCAAGUGGACGCGAUUCGUCUCUGUGGCACCGAGCUGCCCGAAAUGCUGGAAAGGAUUUGCUCGUACGGCUACAAUACGGAAAUGAAGCGUGCCAAUGUGCCUCCUCCAGUACAAUACAAUGGCAUCAGCAAUGAGUAUGCCGGCUCCUAUUCGAAUCUGGAUUCCAAUUCACAGCCAAUGUUGCAGAUGCUCCUGGGCGAGAGUGCCCAUCGUCAUCUGGUGAAUAGUCGACAUCGUCGUUUUGGUGUCUACGAUGAUUGUUGCGCCAGAUCUUGCACCUAUACGGAACUCGCCUCCUACUGCAGGCCGAGUCCCUUAAUCUAGCCUACUCUCUGCUAGUUCUUGAUUGGAAACCAUUUGGAUUAGCUUUAAGCCAGCUCAUUUUGACUAGCUUCUAACUGUAUAAAUACUUAUAAAUAAAACAUUAGCCUUAAGCAUAGAAAAAGGAAAUUAUAAAAUAAAAAUAUAUGUACGUAUUUAUUUAUGAAUGUUAUUUGUUUUAUGUGAUUGUUUAAAUUACUUUAAGUUGCUUUAGACUUGUGAAAUUUGUUUGAGAACUUAGAUGAACUCAUUAUCUUUGGAUGCGAAUCAAAAUAGUUCAUUCUU